UGUUGCUUGGCAGUAAUUGCGCGUAGUUGUUAAACCAUUGCGAAAGUAUUUGCUUCUUAAGUUAAUUUAUUUACUAAAACAAUUGUCUUAGGAAAACUCGACGUUCCGGUAGGAUUUGAAAAAUAGAAAAUAUUACGGUAUUUUUAUUUUAUUUUUGUUUUACAGUUGAAAUGCAUGGAUAGCUGUACAUAGCCGUAAAGUGUAGUUGAAAAACAAAACAUUUUAGUCGGUGAAAAUGCCUAAAAAAGCUAAAAGUCCAACUUCAUCAGUAGGCGCUGCGGUAGCAGGUGGGAAACAAGGGUGGGAGUCUGGGCUCAUUGGAGCACAGUUUGAAGAGGACUGUUGGAAGGUCAAUGUUUCUUUUGUUGUUGGUGAGAAUUUGGAAGAUGAAAUAUAUAUUAAGGCGCUCCUGCCACCUGUGCAACAACCUUUGCGGAAGCUGUUUAGUGUGGUGUCAUGGGAUGAAAUGCUGAAAAAGGUCAAUGAACUAGGAAACCCAAAGGUGAAGAAAUCUAAGGAUUCACCAUUGUAUUAUGAGGUGACAGAGGUUGCAAAACUACUUCUCGAUGCAGGAGAAGAGCUGCCCCUCAUCCUUGUUGGAAAACUACUGAAAUUUUUGUUGUUGGCAAUAAAACAGUAUGACCUGCAAAGAAGAGUAGCUGAAAAUAAAGUUGCAGAACAGCUGGCCAAGGGAAAGACUGCAGCCCCUUCACUGAAGGAUAAGUCUCAAACUAAAUCAUCUGGGAAAGGGGAAAAAGGGAAGAAAGGUCCUGAGCCAGCUGGAGUGAAGAAGGACACCAAACUCAAACUAAGAGGAGAGGAAGAAGACACCACUAAAUGUAUAGAUGACGAGCCAGAUGACGGUCCCCACCACUACAUUCUUGUUGUGGGUUUCCACCACCCUCAACUCCUGGUCAUGUUGGCUGAGCUGGGGGUUUAUGUGUCGAAUGUCAUUAAAAUAACCUCGGAAAGCUACGAGUCUCUAUUGACACAUGAGGAGAGUAUGAAUAUUCUUCAAGCAGAUUCUAAACUUGUGCCAGAGGUUAUUGAAGCCCAGAAGCUGCACAAGGAAAAGGAAGCUAAAUCCCUAAAGAUGUUUUGGAAGUAUCUGGAGCCCGUGUUAAAAAAUAACAAGUUUGACUCUCAGCUUGCUGAUACUGCCCGUCUCCAUUAUGUGGUGAAGGAGUCUAUCUUACCCCAGGAGUGGAACAACAAUGCAAUGAUGCUUUGUUUUGGAACCACGAUGUUCGAAGAUGUUGCAUGUCUGAUUUAUGAUUCCCUUGACUGGAGAAGGCAACAUCAGAACUAUCUCAAAAAUAUGAAACUAGUCAAUAUUCCGGAAGUAUCUAAAGGGGGUCAGCAAAGACAGCUCCCCAGUGCUGAGGUUCAGUCUGUCAUCUCAGCAGCACCCACACCAACUGGAAAAAAGAAAGCAAUUGCUGAAGAUAUUCAGCCACCAGUACAAGAGACUUGUAUCCUAACUACUGACGUCGAUAUGAGGUGUUACAACGACUUCUUAAGCCUUAUUCCUCCUGAGUGUGUGUCUGUCCCUUUAAUUCUUCACUGCAUGCUGGAACAGGUUAUUGCAACAGAAGAAGAUAAACCUCCACUGAGUGAAGGAAUCUCAAAACCACGUGCUGAUGGAUUGGACCAGAGAAUUGCGAAUUAUAUGAUGUCAGAUAUGCUGAAUCUCGCAAUCACAGAGGAGGAAAGGAAGAAAUUACAAGAAGAUUUUGAUAUUCAAAAACAGAAUCCUAAAAAAGAACCAAAAUACCCACUGCUCCUGAGCUGUCACGAUGAAAUAUCUCUGAGAUUACAUCAACUUGCUCAGUUCCAGGAUGGUUUUGAUCCAAUAAAAGCUGAACCACAGAUGCUUAGACUACUGCCAGUGGCAAAAUUCCUCACUGUACCACAGCCUUCAACAGAAAACAAGAAACGAUUGGCCAGAAUUCAAGAGCUAAUUCAUUUCUGCACAGAUGAGUCUGUUAGCUGGUCAGAGUUGGAAAGAGUCUUUAACCAGUUUGUGUUUGAGAGCAUGACGCUUACUGAAGUUGGUGAGGAUGGUGAACUGAUGAAGGCAGGAUCUAAGUUUGAUGACUCAAGGUGCAUACUGUGGGACGAUCCUGUCGGAUUCGCCAAGAAGAUGAAAAAUAUAAAUGAAGUAAAGAAAAACAAAGUGUACUUUGAUAACAGCGAGAAAGGAUCAGAGGCUACUUUGAUUAAGGAAUGGGAAGAAAAAUGUCAGUCCUUCCAGGUUGAUAUUGAGGAAAUACAGAAAACCCAAGUUCGAUCUUUGAGAGACUGGUACUUUGCUGAGCACUAUGAUCAAAACAUAUUUAUUCAGAUUCUACAGAAUGCUUCCCAGAUGUAUCAAUGCACUGAUAUGUUCGAACGCACACAGGAUAACUCACUUUUCUUGGUCUUCCACAAUCCCAUGAAUCACCAGCAACAGAGUCAAGAACAAUGGGAUAUGGCUCUUCACUCUGAUAUUCGGUUCAGAAACUAUUUAGAACAUGUUGCAGACUCAAUUUCUGAUUGGAUAAAAGAGGAGGAGAUCAAAUGGCAAGCAGACCUAAAAAAGAUGGAAAGUGAGAAAAAAUCAAAGACAUCCCAAGAUGCCUUAUUAAAAUCUAAACCAACCUCAUCAAAAAGCAAGAAAACUCCACCUCCAAAAAAGGCUGCCAGUGAAAAAGGCACUUCCAGACCAGCCAGCAAAGCAGAAAGUGUUCAGGAACCCCAACCAGUACAGGGCCCUAUUAUGCGUGAGGGAUCCCUUAAGGCAUGGAAAGAAGAGCAGAACCGACUGAAAGAGGAAGAAGCUGCAAAACUAUUAAAGAAAGACGUGGUGAAAUCUGACAAGAAGGGGAAAAGAGGAAGCAAGGAUAGGUCGGAAUCCACUGACAGCAAAAUAACCCUAUCUUCUCAAAAGAAAUCCCCGAGGGGUAAAAGCAAAGAAGAGCCACUUAAAACCCCAGAGCCCAAUGUCACUCCGGUUCCUGAUAAUAUCGAUUCUGUGCCACCUGAAAAACUGCCGCCUUUUACUGGCUACAAUAUGGGUAACACUCUGAUUCAAGUUUCUGGGAAGAUCCAAUCCCUGUUUCCAUCAGAUGGUGGACAGAUUAAAGUGGAAAGUAUAAAUUACGUCCAAGGUUUGUCAUUGGUUGAGGUGAGCGUGAUGAAAGACAGACACUGCUUUUUCAUCCACAUCACUGAUCCUAGGAAGGGCUUGGAGGAUAAGGACAAAGAUGAAGAAGAAAUGAAGAAACAGAUGAAACGUGUGAGCAAGUUUGGUUCCUUUUCAGCUGUUUUGGCUAGUGGAAUACAUCUGUCUUUCAGCAACUAUGGACCUUCUGGAGAAGGGAAAGAUAACGAAGACCCCAACCUGGUUUCCAUGUUAAACAUUCCCUCUGCCUGCACCACUUCUCCUGUACCACCUACUACUAAUGCCUCUGCUGCUACCCCAGUGAAGCGAGCUAAAUCCCCUAAGGCUAAGUCCCCCAGGGCCAAAUCCCCAAGGGCCAAGUCCCCUAGGCUGAAAUCUCCUCAGGGUAGGGGAACCACUUCAUCACCCCCUACAACAGCCGAGACUCCAAGGAAUGAAGAACCAAAGGUGGAGAUUGAGCCAUCUCUCACAGAAGUCAAUGCAGAACCUGUCCGAGAACUCCCUGAUUUCCAGUCCCUAAAUGUGUCCUGUCCCAAUGGACUAUUAGUGAACUACUUCAGUGAACAAUCAGUAGGUCUGAAGAGUGAGGUCCUGCAAUGCUCUCACAAAAUCCUAGUAAGGCAGAGGUAUCCAGUGCAGCACAUUAGUCCCUGUGAGUCUGAGAAGAAGAGUAUUUCUCUGAAGAAUGAGGUGUCCAGAGUCAUUACAAGCCAAGGAACUGUUAUCAAGUACAUGAAGGAUGGAUCCACACAGGUUCUUUUUGCUGAUGGUACCGUGAGUAAAAGCCCAGAUUCGGGGCCCAUUCUCAAGCCUCCCCCAGCUCCUCAACCACCAUGCCCAGAACCCAAGCCACAAGACAGUGUUCCUAACACUAAAGAGCAUAAACCUGAGACAAACGAGCCCACAGACAAAAAAGAUGUCAAAGAUUUAGGGCGGGGCCUUUCUGAAUCUCCAGCUGGAACCUGGGUUACCACCACACCAUCUGGCCUGAGGGUGGCAACCAAAGGAGAGGAAAAUAUUCAAAUCAAACAUGCUCUUGUUUACAAGGCCACAGACCCAGUCAAUGAAGUGAUUAUGAUAACCCGAGAAGAUAAAGUACUGACUGUGAUAGGAAAUGAUGACUAUAUUGCUGUGGAGCAUGCUGAUGGGACUAGAAUCACUACCUUUAACCAGGAUGUUGAAAUCCCAGGCUCCAUGGACCAUGAUGAGACAGGGGAGGAUCCACGCACAGUCUCAAAAAAAGUGAAAUUUGUUCAGAUCGAGUGUUUGGGAUUUGCCACCGUCAUAAUGAACAGUAAGGAUGGUACCUGCACUACUCUUUUUGGAGAUGGAUCAACAAUCAUUGCUAACCCCCAAGGAACCUAUCAGGUCUGUCCACCAAGCUCUGGGUGUCUUUGCAUUGAUAGUGAUGGCAGUGCUGUGUACAACUGUAAACCAAAUGAUAGAACCAUGACCCUUAGUGGUACAAAUUUGGAACUACAACCUUGCAUUUACACUAUGCGUCACACCACAGAGGUUAUUUGUGAGGUUAUGGAUCCAGAAGGCAAUCUUUUCCAGGUAAUGGUGGAUGGAAAAACAUCAACAGUUAUCUCCAACACUGAAGCUGGUGCAGAAGAGGAGGUGGAAGACUCGCUACAAGAACAUACUUUAAAGUAUAAGCCUGAGACUUAUAAAGAACAUGCACCAAGGUUUUUCAUUGUCCAUGCUGAUGGUUCUGGUACUGAACUGUUGCGAUCCAGAGAUGUGGAAGACUACCUGUCACAAUGCUACAGUGAUCCAGCUAUAGCAGUGCUCAAGGAGCCAGUGCCGGAUUUCCAAGGUGUUCAUGGAAUUACUGUUCUCCGUCCAUGCACUGAAGAUAUCUGGUCCCGCUGGUUAAUAAAAAAGGAAAUAGAUAACAUCAUUCCUCCAAAUCUUAAGUCUAGGGAAUGGGACCACUUUCCAUCAACUGAGAAGAAGACCCCUGGGCCUCCAUUUGGCACAUGCAUUGGAAAGGGUCUUAAUAUACAAGAAAGGCCAGAAUCUGUUCAUACUGUCCCUGUAUUAAAGUGUCCUAAAGUGCUUGAGACCCGUCAGCUUAUCCAGUAUACACCUGUGAGCAACUUGUUGCGGAGAAAGAUGGAACAGUCCCUUAAGGACUACAUUGACCACAUACUAAGAAAAGGUUACAAGUAUGAUGAAAUGAUGGUUAAAGAUCCUAGAACAGAAGAGGAAAGAGUCCAUGCCACUGACCUGCUCAAGCUUGUUUUGUCUCUCCCAGAUUCCAAUGAACCGGUAGGACUUGGGGAUGACAGAAAGAGCAAUGUUGACAUAGCUUCACUCUACGAGCAAGCAAUUGUCAUUCCAUCCACCACACCACUGGAAAAACAAACUCGGCCUGAGUGCGCAAAAGGAAUCUGGGAAAGAAACAGCUGGGAGGAAGUAAAACAAGAAUCUAACUGGGCAGGCAGAUUAGAACAGUGCAGACAGGAGAAGCUUGAAGAAAUGAAAUGCAGAGUGGCAUUGAAGAACAGAACAAUCCCACCAUAUUUUGAAUCUGAACUGGGUGAGGCAUUCCUGCUUACACAGGUCCCAGAUAUGGAAUUUCUAACCAAGCAACUUCCACCGUUCACAAAGAAAAGCAAGACAUUCUCAGAUUCACUCAGUAAAGUGUCUACAGCUGAGCCAGACGUGAACAAGGCAAAGAGACCCUUUAACCCAACCCCAAGUCAUGCAGGAGGGAGAGACAAUUCAACACAAUCUGCAGCAGAGUAUCCCAAUAGGGCAUCUAGAUCAAAGCUUGAUCCAAUGAGCUCCAGGCUGGAGGGCAUGCAUUCUGAGGGAGAUGAUGUCAACCCUUCCCAUAGUUUGAAGGUGGAUGCUGCCGGGCAGUCAAGAAAGGAGAAAGUGAAACUCCCGUCUGCAAUUCUCAGCUCCAAACCUGGAGGUCUGCUGAACCAAAAGUUCUUUGAAGUUGAAGAUCCAGUCAGGAGGAAGGUGAAAACUGUAUCUGUGGCAGGCCCUGUGGCGAGCGGUAUAAUGCAGGGUCCUGCCCGUGGAUUUGAGCUCUUCCCAGAAGAAGUGGCAUUUGGAGUGCUGAAGGAAGGGUAUACCUAUUCCUUUACUGUUUCUCUAAGGAACGUUGGAAUAGAUUCUUGCAGGUUUAAAGUUAACCAACCACCUCCUAGCACAGGACUUAGAGUUCUGUAUACCCCAGGACCUGUGGCUGCAGGAAUGAAGACAGACCUGCAAAUAGAGCUGUAUGCCAUGGCGAUUGGGUUGGAGAAUCCUGAAGGGGUAGGAUAUAUUGAUCAUCACAUACAGAUUCAAACUGAGCCAGAGAUCUUCUUUCUACCCGUUACUGCAACAGUUCUAACUGAAAAUGUGUAUGAGAGCAGACCAAAAGAGUAUCCCCAAGGACAGGCAGCAGCCGGAGUCCACCUUGUUUCAAGCAACCCUUCCUCCAGACUUGGAAUUAUACGGCCUCAUAGACAAGCAACAGCAGAUUCUGGUAACACUUUCAUAACACAGACUUCCUGAAGUCCAAGUUCCAUAAACACUAAUUAUUGCUACCUGGUAUCUAUGUAUUGUUAAUAAAUUUGAACCCAUUAGAUGGUCUCAGCCAAUCAGGCUAAGUGGUGAAGCUAACAUGGUUUUAAAAUCCUCACUCUAAUAGCAAGUAAUGCCCAUUGUGUUGAAUGUAAUGCUUCUGAAGUAUAGUGCUUUUAAAUAAAAUCUUAAAUUUUUG